AUGUCUCCUCUUGGCACCGCGUUUGCCCGUGCUGCACUGGAUGCUCCAAGGGAACAUCCCCUCAACACAUCAUGCAACCAGUGCUACAUGGAGCCAAAGGCAGGGAUUUUGGAGCACGGCUUCGGUGGCGUUCCCAUCACCAAGAACGUGCAUGACAACCACUUCUGUGCCAUCAACGCCCUCUUCCUUGCCAUCGUCACCAAGAGCAUCAGUGGUGGCUCCUUCCUCAAACCCCUCGAGCAGACAGACCAGAUCGAACCAAACUACCCCAAGGUCUGUGGGCACCAGGGCACUGUGCUAGACAUCAAGUGGAACCCCUUCAUUGAGAACAUCAUCACAUUCUGCUCUGAGGACGCCAUGGUGCAGAUCUGGGAGAUUCCUGAGGGUGGGCUGAUGAGGAACAUGAUGGAGGUCAUCCUGGAGCUCUACGGGCACAGCUGGUGCAUGAGGCUGGUUGAGUGGCACCCAACCACCAACAACGUCCUCUUCAGUGCCGGCUACAACUACAAGGUCCUGAUCUGGAACCUGGACAUUGGGAAGCCAGUGAAGAUGAUUGACUGCCAAAAGGAUGUGAUCCUGUGCAUGUCCUUCAGCACAGACAGCAGCCUCCUGGCCACCUGCAAGGACAAGGAGCUGCAUGUGGUGGAGUCACACUCUGGGCGGCUCCUGCAGGAGGUCAGCUGCAAGAACCACUGUGUCAACAGGGUGGUGUUCCUAGGCAGCACUAAGAGGCUGCUCACCAUGGGCGUGUCGCACUGGAAAACGUGACAGAUUGCCCUGUGGAAUCAGGAACACCCGUCCAUGCCCCUGAUCGAGGAGGAGAUCGAUGGGCUCUUGGAGCUCCUCUUCCCGUUCUACGACACUGACAUGCUAGACAUGCUGUACCUGGCUGGGAAGGGCGAUGGUAACAUCUGCUGUUACGAGAUUGGCUCCGACAAGUCCUAUCUGAGUUACCUCACGGAACUCCGCUCCCCGGCCCCACAGAAAGGACUGGAGGUGAUGCAGAAACACAACCUGGAUGUCUUUCAGUUCUACAAAAUCAUCACCCUCAAGGGGGUCAUUGAGCCCAUCUCCAUGAUCGUGCCAAGGAGGUCUCCUCCCAGGAGAAGAAACAGAGGAAGGCUGCUCUCCUGGCCCAGUACACCAAUGUGA